AUGGGCCUCAUCUCCCUCGUCAAAGCAGCCAUUGAUGCUGGAUUUAGCAUUGGAUUUCUUGUUUAUUUGCUAGGUUGGGAUCUCGGUCUUCAUAUCGUCAAUGCGAUCCGUCCCAGCAAACAGAUUGGAUCAGUUGUGGCAUUAGAUAUAAGGGGGCAAGAUGGCACCUGGGGAGAAUUUCAGCCUCCUCGUCCAGCGGAUGCGCGUUCACCAUGUCCAGCACUCAACGCAUUAGCAAACCAUGGCAUUCUUCCUCGAAAUGGACGAGGAAUUACUUGGAAAGAGUUGGGGGAAGCAUCCAGGGGGGUAUAUAACCUCGCUCCAACUCUAUGCAAGCAGGUUCCAUGGGCUACAGCCAAGCUACUUUACUCUGGACGUGACUGGAAUGAGACGAUGACUUUAGAUGAUCUCAAUGCGCACGGGGCAAUCGAACACGACGCUAGCUAUACUCGUGCCGAUAUUAAGUGGCAACACGACCAGGGCGUCCCCGACCGUGAGAUUAUCGAGGCGUUCUUUGGGUCAGCAGGACUCGAUAUCGAUCAUCUGCAGCCUGCGGAUAAAUUCACCCUCGAAGAUUUCUCCAACUACCUCGCUUACCGACGUGCCCACUCAAAGGCUUUCAACGGGCAAUACAUAAUGAACAAGAGCGGCAGAAAUUUUGGUUGCAUUAACUCGGCAUUGGCGUACAAUGUGUUCGAUGGUAACGCAGCGGAUCUCAAGAUAUGGUUCCUUGAAGAACGUCUGCCCAACGGAUGGGAGCCUAAAAACCGCUCAUAUCAUGGCCUGACAAUAAAGAAGCUGAAUGGAAUAGCCUCCCAGAUUGAAAAGGGUAUAUCGCGCGCAGGAAACUUGGAGGCCAAGUGGAAGGCCCCUCAUGUUGAGCCAGAGUUGAAAUUCGUGGAAGGGGCUCAGGGAGAAAAAGAGUGUGAACUGGGACAUAUGGGCAAAAUGAUUGUGACGCACCUGGACGUUAUAGGUUUUGGCGAAGAAGAAGAAGAAGAAUUAGAUGUGGUCAGUUCAGAUGACGAAGAAGGAAUGCGGUUGAAGAAGGGCAAAGUCAAAGAGGAUAAAAGUUUAACGGUUUAUUAUCCUUUGAUUCCACUGCCUAGGUAA